AUGUUAUACUUUAAUCCAAAAAGCCAAAAAGGACUGUUAUCCAUACGGUUCAGCAUACAGCAUUUACAAGAUAUUUUGAAUCAUACAGCAACAAGAAUAUUGGAAUAUCAACAAGAAGUGAAUAAAUCAUUAGAACAGAAUGAUUUAAAAAACUUGACACUGGUUUGUAAGUGGAGUUGUGAUGGAUCACGGCAAUCCCAAUACAAGCAAAAAUUUGACAAUGAGUUCGAUUUGGAUACGAGUAUUUUUCUAAGUUCGUUGGUACCACUGCAACUAAUAUUAUCAAACACUCAGAAAGUGAUAUGGGAAAACCCAACUCCUUCAUCAUCACGCUAUUGCCGUCCUAUCCGGUUCCAAUUUGAAAAAGAAACAGUCGACGUAACGAACGAAGAAGUGAAUUAUAUUCAAAAUGCAAAAAGCUCCUUAGUAGAAACAAAUAUAACCUUAAUGGGAAAAAAUAUACGUACAACACAUAAUUUGCUGCUUAUCAUGGUAGAUGCUAAAAUGGCUGACACAACUUUAUUAAAGUCCGAAAGAACUUUUCAUACGAUUAUUUUCUGGUUUUUGCUUCUUUGUUCAAUUACACAACCAAAAAUAUUUGCAAGCCCAGUAAACAAUCCUGAUAUUACCGGCAAGAUAAAUCAUAACAUUGGUGUUCCGGAGAUCAAAAACAAACAAAUUCAAAAACAAAGCAGUCAGGAACUGCCUUUAAAUUCCUUGAGUGCUUACGCAGCAAGUUACGAAAGCUCAGCCAACACUAACGCUCAAAACAGUUUUAGGCCACCUUAUAAAUUACCAAAUACAGAAACUAAUUUUUCGCCAAUGCAAAAUAUACCAUCGACAGCAGUGCUCUUACAAUAUUUUCCACAAACAAUGAAUGAUGGAGGAGUGCAAUACUUACAACUUAUACCAACUCGGCCAAUAAUUGUGCCAAUUAGUUCCCUUGAACCAUUAACAAAACAAUUAUCAUCAUCUAGUAUGCGUCCGUUGCACACUGACACAAAUAUUGGUGAGUAUGGAAUCCGCUCCGCAGCAUUAAUUUCAGCGAUUAAUCCAAAUGAAGUAGUAUACCCACCACCUUCUUUAGUGAAUAUUCCAACAAAUUUGGGACUUCCAGCGCUGAAACAUUCUACUUCUUUGCAACCGUAUCAUAAUAACAAUCGUAUCAAUCGUGAAGUUAAGAACAGAAGCUAUCCGUAUUCAAUCAAUUUAAAUAUAAAUGAAUAUAUUCCUGGAACUUAUGAUGAGCAUCGAUCAACGCUUGUGACUGCUAGACCUUAGGUGAUCAAGAGUUCUGUUGUUAAUUUCGUUCAUAUUAAGUAUAAUAUUAUAUAUGUAUAAAAUGCUUUUUGCGCGAACCAAGUUAAUGAAAUGGUUUUAAGAUAAAAUCACAUUAUCAAUAAUACUUAAAAUAAUAAAGUAGAAGAAUA